GAGAGGGAGGGAGCAGCACUGAAGCUCCGUGGCUGAGCGCUGUUUGUGCCGGCAGGACAGUGUGUGUGCUUGCCCACGCCGUGGGUGCCUGCGGCUGAUGGACAACAGAGCUGUGUGCUGGGGGCAGGAGCCCUGUGUGUCCCAGUGUCAGUGAUACCACCGUGUCCUUUACCUCCUCACCUUGUCUUUGUGGCUGUGGCCUCUGACGUGCUGGCCCCUCUGGGAGCUGUGUGUUCUGCUGGGGCGAUGCAGUGGGAGCUGUGCGGUGUCUGCCAGGGGAUGCUGUGGGCUUCCAUGGGAUUGCUUGGCUCCCAAAGUGACUGCAACUAACUCCAGGUUGGGACUGCUUCUUGGAGGAUGUUCUGGGCAUCUCUGCUUGUUUCCUUCCAGCCUCGCUACGGAGUACUUGGAGUAUUUCAUUUGCCCCUGCCAGUGGAGGACAGAGUCACAGGCCUCCAGAGGGUUAAGAGCAUCUGCCUUUAUGCCAAGUGUUCGAGCAGGAAAUAAUCUGCAGAGAUACAUGUGCAGCAAUUCAACUGCUGUUGCUCUCCCAGGCUGCUGCCGCUGCUGCUCGGUGUGUGUCAGGAGCCGUGCUGCUUGCAGAAGAUGCUUUCUUGGUGUGUCCGAAGUGCUGGGCUUGGCAGCAGAGCCCCUGCUCUUAUGUCUGGGGUGAAUGUCUCCAUCCAUGAGGAAUUAUGUUGACCUGCAGGCUCUGCUGGCUCAGUGAGGUCUCCGUGGCAUAUCUCCACCCCAAUCCAGCUCUGUGCCAUCCACUAGUACAGAGUUUUGCAGAGAGCCCACUAAAGACAUACUAGCAAGACCCUGAAUCACAGACGGAGCAAAUUGACAUUGAUUGUGACCUUGUGGCCCCAAAUCCUCUUGGGAUCAGCUACCGAAGGGACUGAACUUGGCUCUUUUCUGGAAAUUAUUUGCUGCCUGGGACCUUUUCCUUGUGAAUGAAGGCUGAUGGAUACACGUGUUUAGGUGACACCUUGUGACAGAUGCUCACUGUGCCCCAACGCCCUGCCCUGGCUUUGCAGCCACGCGCCAGAUGUGCAGACAGCAGCAAGGAGUUCCCUCCCCUGAGUGCAGAUGCUCUCUUUCAAGAAAAAAAAUGGUGGACCUGGGAUUCAGCUGGAGAUUGCAAAGCUUACUGCCCCUCAAGGCUGUUGGUCAGCCUUCCGCAGCUCCCAGGGGAACCAGAGGAGCUCCGCGCUGACUUCUGUAAGGUCUGAUUCACCAUGGGAGAUCAAAUGAUUUCCUGGCUCAGGUUUUGUGAAGUUCGACGUCUGCUUUGGACCCACAAUUUGGAAAAGGGAUCGCCUCUGCGGCACGGUUAAGAGACAGAUAAAGCAGUCCCAGAUGAUGAGCACUUUAAGUAGCACUGGAAUAUUACUCAGCUUGACAACAGUGUCUGUUACGCUGGAUUUUAGCUUGCAUGGUGGUCUGAUGGCUUGGUCUUUAAGCACCAAUUUGACUCUGAAUCAGAGUUUACCUACAUCCGAUCCUCUCAAUGCCUCUGAGAAGGGUGAAGUCUCUCGGAUGUCAGUGAGAGAGAAGAACUGGCCAGCCCUCUUGAUCUUGGUCAUCAUCCUGCUUACCAUCGGGGGCAACAUACUGGUAAUUAUGGCUGUGUCCUUGGAGAAGAAGUUGCAGAACGCCACAAACUUCUUCCUGAUGUCCUUGGCGGUGGCAGACAUGCUGGUGGGUAUCCUGGUCAUGCCCGUGUCGCUCAUUGCAGUGCUGUAUGAUUAUGCUUGGCCUUUGCCUAAACAGUUGUGCCCUAUAUGGAUUUCCCUAGAUGUGCUCUUUUCAACUGCAUCUAUAAUGCAUCUCUGUGCCAUCUCUCUUGAUCGGUAUGUAGCAAUACGCAAUCCCAUUGAGCACAGCCGCUUCAAUUCCCGCACCAAGGCUAUUAUGAAAAUUGCUGCAGUUUGGACCAUAUCCAUAGGGAUAUCUAUGCCCAUUCCAGUCAUUGGUUUGCAGGAUGACUCCAGAGUGUUCAUCAAUGGGACCUGCGUCCUCAAUGAUGAGAACUUUGUCCUCAUCGGGUCUUUCAUGGCGUUCUUCAUCCCUCUCAUCAUCAUGGUGAUCACAUAUUGCCUGACCGUCCAGGUGCUGCAGAGACAGGCCACAGUGUUCAUGUGUGGAGAGGUGCCCAAGCAGAGGAGAAGCAGCGUGAACUGCCUCAAGAAAGAAAACAACACAGAGCACAUUUCGAUGCUUCACAACCACGAAGGGGCAUCGCAUUUGAACUCUCCUGUGAGUAAGGAGGCAGUGCUUUUUCGGAAAGGAACUAUGCAGUCCAUCAACAAUGAGCGAAGAGCCUCCAAGGUCCUGGGCAUCGUUUUCUUUUUGUUUCUCAUCAUGUGGUGCCCAUUCUUCAUCACCAACGUCAUGUCCGUCCUUUGCAAGGAAGCCUGCGAUAAAGACCUCUUGAGCGAGCUCCUCGACGUGUUUGUUUGGGUGGGGUAUGUUUGCUCAGGGGUUAAUCCCCUCGUAUACACACUCUUCAAUAAAACCUACCGCAGGGCUUUCUCCAGUUAUAUCCGCUGCCAAUACAAGACCAGCAAAAAAUCAGCACUGCGACAGAAUCAGUGCCUGAAUGUUGCUUCGACAGCUUUAUACGGGAAAGAUCUGACUUUAACUAGUUAUCGAAAUGGCAAUGAGCUCAACAGCAUGGAACUAGAUGAAGCUGAGGAGGGCCUUGAAAUGCAACCGGGGACCUCAGAGCUCUCCAUAAACAGCUGUAAUGUUGUGAGCGAAAGAGUGAGCUGUGUGUAAAGGUGGCUCACACACCUUCGACUACGGGCCAUCUGUGGCCAAAACACAUUGUAUAAAAAUGUAAGCGUUGGUCAAUGGACGAUGUAAAUACUGCAUUCUGAACAAAGAUUUUUUUUAAGGAGAAAAAAAAAAAAAAAAGAGAUUUGUCUUUCCAGUCCAGUACUUAAAAUCAUAUAUAUUAAUAUUCUGCAGUGAAGUUUAAGGUUCUAUAUUUACUGUUAAUACUAGAUCAGAUCUAGUUACUUUGCAUAUGUCAUGGACAAAAUGUUUGAAUUCUUCUUCCAGUGCAUGAACAAAAAUGCUGAAUAUUUAUCUCAGGUGGCAUUUGCUGGAGUCCAGAAUGGCACGUUAAUAGUUAUAUAUCAAAUACAUGCUAUUAGACUUGGUCAGUAUAACUUUCUUUUUCAAGUUGACAGUAAAUAUAUACUUUAAAUCCUCACCCCUAUUUGUGCCGUGUAAAGAGUGUACAGAAACCUGGCAGAGACAGCACGAGAGCUGUAGGCAGCUGGCCAGGUGUGUCGUGGUAAGAGUCGUGGCUCGCUUGCAUCCUGGGGCAGCAUUUCACUUCUAGGGACCAUCCUGCUGCUUCCUCUCCAUUCACCAGUUUGAUCCUAGGUUGGGAAUGUGUUUCUGGUGUGGUGUUGGGAUCACUUGCAAACUUGGAGAGGAAACAUGGGAAAGAGAGCCAACUUGUUAUCUGCUUUAACCAUUUUAAAAAUGGAGAGUGUCAGAUUUGUAAAAUGCCCUCUCUUGUUCUUGUAGACUCCCAUGUACUCCAGGAUGGGGGAAGCAGUACUCAGAAUGGCUGGCAUUGCCUUCAAAGGACUGUUUGGAUGAUCAGGUCAUUGGUUGACCUGGAGAGGAGAGCUCUGGCUUUGUGAGAGCUCACCUUCUCCAUCCCCUCACUUCUUUAGUCGUUAGCUUGUUUUGCGUUCGCAUUUAUUUUUCCAGAGACAGGGAUGUGCAGUGCUGGGGGUAAAACAAUGCAUUGGAUGUAGAGCAAAAUGUGCCAUGCUGUCGGCACAGGUCGGGAGGAGGCUGCAGGAUGAGGGAUGCUCUUCCCCAGGGGAUGCUCAGGAGAGAGGCAUAAAUGAGGAUCCCUUUUUUCCCCAGACUUGGGACGGGUGUGCAGAGCUGGACAGGGUGUGUGGCUGGAACAGUUUGCUAUAGUUUAAUAACAAACUAUGAUCAGAGACAGAAAGGAAGCAGACAAGGAAUUACAACUUGGAACACGUCUGUAUGGAAGAUUAAUCAGGAUUAUCUGUUCAGUUUGAUUUACUCAAUUUCACUCCCAAAGUAAAUGAUCCUAUAUCAUGUUAAAGCCACUUAUAUCUUAAUGAAAACAUCCACAUCAUGUUUUAAUGCAAUUGAAGUAAUCUGCUUUUAAUUCACACCAUAAGCAAUUGGAAUUAAUUCCUCUCUGUGCUCCUGUGUAGACAAACCCUGAAAGGCACCAACACGUCCUUCUGGCACAGUGCCUGUGGGCGAUGCCACUUGUACAGUUUGCCUUGUGCAGGGUGCUGUGCAAUGCCAGAUCUAACCUGUAAUGUUUUUACAUCUUCAUUAACUAACACACAAAUGCUGCAGUCAUCCAUCUAACGUGGAUGUAUUUAGCACUGCUAACAGCCUCUGCCCAUGAAAUUCCUCAGAACAAGAAGCGUACAUGAGGCAGGGAUAAGUUGCAUUUUACUGAUGUGAACUGCUUGCACUCUAAGCUUGCUGUGCUCAUCCCUCCAGAACCCAAGUGAAGGAGAAACACAACAUUCUGAAAGCACACUGGUGCAGUGUAGCGCUGUUGCUUUGCUGUGCGCAGCAAUACCUGGCUGAGGCAGGUUGCAUCUGCUGCUGGUUUGUGUCUAGCUUGAUUCAGUGAAGCUGAUGGCUCUCUCUUAUCCUCCAUUCCGUCCUGUGCAAAAUCCGUAGUACUUCCAUGCAGGCAGGCGAGGUAUCUGAGCAAGGUGCAUGGUGUGUGUGUGCUGGUCUGCUGAUGAUGGUGCUGGUUGAAUGCUUGAGAAUGCACCCUGCCUGUCCAGAAAGGCCUGUAACCCACAGGAAAAGCACUGUCCAGAGACACAGACUUGUGCCUUCAAUGACUGCCCUUUGUUCUGUGUCAGAUGUGGAUAUCUCAAGUGGUACAGAAAAAUCGCAAAGAUCGCAUUGCUUUCAAAAUUCUACUUUUAUUUUUUUCCUUGGGUGAAUUCAUAGCUCAUCUUUUACAGCCAUGUAUUUGUCUGUGUGUAUAUAUGUGCGUGUACAUAUAUAUAUGCAUGUAUGGAUAGAAGUCAACCAGACAUGGAAAGCAUUUAGCAAUAAGUUGUAUUUCAGUAGCUUCUAGCACUCGUGUGAGUAGCUCAUUGGCCACAGCAUCCUCCAACUUGUACCACACAAAGGUGUUCUCUUUGCAUAGGAGCCUUCACGUCUUACCUCUGCCAGUUCUGUUGUAUGGGCAAAAAGGGCACCCGCUCUGUUGGAUGUAAAUAACAAGACCUGAACUGAGAAUUUACAGAGUUUUUAUAAAUGUUUUUAAAAUAAUUCAGCACUGGGACUGUAAAUAUGUCGAGCGUUGCUACACAGCUGGACCCGUUCUGAUGGAUGUUCUUCUCCAGAUAACCAGACAAGGGGACUGCCUUAUAGCCUGUGUUAUCUCCCUGCCAGGGGCUGAUAACAUUUUUGGGAAUGAUUAAACACUGUCUCUUACCCAACUUCCAUUGGGUCAUUCACAUCAGGGUUUUGUGAUGCUGCUAUUAAUUUAUUAAAGAAAGAUUGUUGGUUUAAUCACUCUUUUUUUUUUUUCUUUUUUUUUUUUUUUUUCAUGGUCUAUUGGAAAAUAAAUAAAUGGACAUGCCCUCUUUUUCUUUCCUAUUUCACCAAUUAAAACGUAUCCUGAUCAAAAAUAUAUCUGACCAAAGUUAAAAUAACAGCGAGAAAUGGAGAUAACGAUCUUUGUUUCUCCUCCCCCUCUCAGAUCAUAGCCUGUGGUUGUUUCAGCCAUAGCAAUUAGUGCAGAUAACCCAACGUUUCUACCAUGCUAAACAAAAUGAUGCUGAAAAGCAGCUGUCUUCCCCCGCUUCUCCUUCCUUCCUCCAGGAACAUCUUUUGAAAAUGAUGUUUUAAAAAUUGCUUCAGUUUGAAGAGUUAACCACCAUCACCUCGCUCUCAUAGCAGCUUUGCUAUGCUGAAUUGUAGCCAUUACCCACAAUAGUGCCUCAGGAUUACCCUCUGUGGGCCCUGGGUCAGUGCUCACAUCUCAGCUCAGGUACAGUGAUGUCUUCUGUUUGUUCUGCCUUUUGUGUUCUUUGAAGAAGAAAAGCAAACCACAAGUAGCUCUGCAUAAGUAUUAUUUAG